AAUUUCGUAUUUGAAACUUUAAAAUUUAAAAAGUGUUUGACAAAAUUGAUUUUUGCAGGCAAUUUGGAGGUACGUCAUGACCCACGACCUUUCGGCUGUAUGUCGUGCCGACGUAGACAACAUGAAAGUCAUAAAAAUGGUAAUGGCUUUGCCACACCUGCCAGCACAGAGAGGACCUCCUCACAGCGACCGAGUUCCUCCCUUCUCAAUAGUUGAUGGCCUAAAUGCAAUCAUAGAUUACAUUAAUGAGGGAGAGAUGGAUGCUCGGUUGCAGAACUUAACAGCUUAUGUGAGGAGAUUCUGGGUGGGUGUGAUUGGCGUGGAGUCAUUGUCUACUUUUGGUUGCGCCAGGAGGACCAACAAUGACCUCGAGUCAUUCCACGCCAAACUUCUCUGUGCGUUUGGCGUGAAUCUCGACAUAUGGAGCUUCAUAAGAAGGCUCCAGUUAAUAGAGAGAACCUCCUAUGACAAUCUCAUUAGAGUACAUAGAGAGAUUGCGGUCAACCGACCGAAAAAAGACAAAGUUACUCGCGAUGUCAAGAAGGCGAUAUGUCGUCUUAUAAACGGCGAGAUCACAAUAAUACACUUUCUGAGUGCAGUGGCUCAUGGUGCCGACAACAUUAUCAAUAGGCCACUGCCUCAGAAUGAGUGGUUCCUUCUUGACAUCGCUGGAGAGGAAGAAGUAAUGUGAGAAGGUAAGAGUCAGAUUGGCAAGAUAACCAUUACAAUCAAUGGUCGACAGCCAAAAAGUUACAUAUUACUUGUACCUUAAUUUUAG